GAAAAUUUUAAAAUAUAAUUUCAAGGUUGAAAAUCAAUCAACAGUUCCGCCAGACCACCCGUUGUAUUUUGUGAGGGAAAAUUUUCGUGAACUAAUUUUCUCUUUUUGUGACGAUGUGGAACUGACAACUGCCACACCCUCGCCCCGAAAUGAAGCUCCAUUUUCACGGCGGCUUUACUGGUGGACCUGUACCCGCCAGUUCCACCCUUCGUCACCGGCAAAAUUCGAUUUCGGAGUGUCGAUUUGUCGGAGAAAUUUCAAUAAGGAGAAAUAGCUGCGCAAGUUUUCCAAUCGGGAAGAAUUCCCGGUCAAGUUUUCCUAUUCACUGCCUCCAGGAUUCACAACAAGAUUCUGUGCGUUCUAAUGAUGUAGGCAGGAAAUCGGCCGGGCAGAUUCUCAGUACAAGACGAGCCGUGCUCGGUGUUCCAUUAAUUGCGAUUGGCGCUCAGUUUCUACAAUCAGCAGUUGUCAGAGCAGAAGAGAAGUCUUCGGAGACUGUAACUCCGGUGGUGGAGUCGGUGACAUCGCCGUCACCGUCACCUAUUGCUCCGACAGCGGAGGAGGAAGUGAUUACUUCGAGGAUUUACGAUGCGACUGUCAUUGGAGAGCCGCUAGCCGUGGGGAAGGACAAGAGUAAAGUAUGGGAGAAGAUAAUGAAUGCUCGGGUAGUCUAUUUAGGAGAAGCCGAACAAGUUCCGAUUCGAGACGAUAAGGAAUUGGAGCUUGAAAUUGUGAAAAGCUUGAAAAGAAGGUGCGGUGAAAGUGAAAGGACACUGUCUGUAGCUCUGGAAGCGUUUCCCUCUGAUUUGCAGGAGCAGCUCAACCAGUACAUUGACAAAACUAUUGAUGGAGAAACUCUGAAAUCUUACACUGCACAUUGGCCACCGCAGCGCUGGCAGGAGUAUGAGCCUCUUCUAAGUUACUGUCGUGUAAAUGGAGUUCGUCUUAUUGCUUGCGGUACACCUCUCAAGGUUUUGAGAAUCGUACAAGCAGAGGGUAUCAAGGGACUCUCCAAAGCUGAUCGGAAACUAUUUGCUCCACCUGCUGGUUCAGGUUUCAUCUCUGGAUUCACGGCCAUAUCACGUAGAACUUCAGCUGACCUGAAUUCUUCUUACCAACCUAUUCCGUUUGGUCCAAGUUCAUAUUUAUCUGCUCAAUCAAGAGUAGUUGAAGAAUAUGCUAUGUCACAAAUUAUUUUACAAGCUAUGCAGGAUGGUGGAGGAACUGGUAUGUUAGUAGUUGUGACAGGUGCGAGCCAUGUUGCAUAUGGAUCUAGAGGCACUGGCCUGCCUGCAAGAAUUUCAAGAAAGGUUCCAAAGAAAAACCAAGUAGUUGUUUUACUUGAUCCUGAAAGACAACAAAUGCGUAGAGAGGGUGAAGUGCCUGUCGCAGAUUUCUUGUGGUAUUCUGCUGCCAGACCCUGCAGCAGAAACUGUUUCGACCGUGCUGAAAUUGCUAGAGUUAUGAAUGCAGCUGGAAGGAAGCGUGACGGCCUUCCCCAGGAUAUCCAAAAAGGGUUGGAUCUGGGUGUAGUAUCACCAGAGGUGUUGCAAAACUUCUUUGAUUUGGAGCAAUAUCCUUUAAUUUCAGAACUUACACAUCGUUUCCAGGGUUUCAGGGAAAGAUUGUUGGCAGAUCCUAAGUUUUUACACAGAUUAGCAAUAGAAGAAGCCAUAUCGCUAACAACUACUCUAUUAGCACAAUAUGAGAGGCGAAAAGAGAACUUUUUCCUGGAACUUGAUUACGUUAUUACGGAUACCUUACGGGGUGCAGUUGUUGACUUUUUUACUGUCUGGCUUCCUGCACCGACCCUGGCAUUCCUUUCCACCGAUGACAUCGAUGUAUCUGGAAGCACUGAUAUUUUACAAGGUCUACUAGGGUCUAUCCCAGAUAAUGCUUUUCAAAAAAACCUUGCUGGAAAGAAUUGGAACCUCAGUCACAGGGUUGCGUCUGUUAUUUUUGGCGGCUUAAAACUUGCUAGUGUUGGCUUUAUUUCCAGCAUUGGUGCCGUGGCUUCCUCAAAUGCUUUGUUUACUAUUCGUAAAUUCCUCAAUCCAGCCUUGGCGACUAAGCAACGAAAUAAGAGAUCUCCAAUACUUAAAACUGCAGCAGUCUAUGGGUGCUUUUUGGGAACAUCAGCAAAUUUAAGAUAUCAGAUAAUUGCUGGAAUAGUGGAGCACCGGUUUUCUGAUGCAUUUUCUUCUCAAAUAUUACUUGUAAAUAUGCUCUCAUUUGUUGUUCGAACAUUAAAUUCUUACUGGGGUACUCAGCAAUGGAUCGAUCUUGCACGGUUUACAGGAUUACAAACUCGAGAAUCGCCCUCUUAUCAAGUGCAAGAAUCUCCUAAUUCUGCUGGAUUGGGAUGUCAUGUCUCUGAAGAGGCAACUCAAGCAAGCCCAGAUGAAUUCAAGAAUCAAUAAGGUGAUAUAGUCUCACAUUACCCAACCGAGAUAACUUGUAAAAUUAAAGCCGGAUGCAUAUAAUAAGAGAGACACAGCAGGGAUCAAUUUGAUUUCUCUGGGUUCAUUUUUCUCAUUCACAAUUCAGUUGUAAACUAUUCCCAUGUAGUUCAUAAAAUGCAAUUUUGGACUCA